AUGUCUCAGUGUGUGCCCUCUAACCUAUGUGUGCUAAUGCUGCUGCUGACCCUGCUGCUGCUGUCACCAUUCAACUUCAGCUACGAGGAGCUCAGCACAGGACCUGGCUGCCAUCUAUACCCAUUUAACGUGACCAUCCGCAGUGACCGGCGUGGGACAUGUAAGGGAACCCAUGUUGUGUAUGCCUGUGUUGGAUACUGUGAGUCCAGUGCCUUUCCCUCACGCUACUCUGUCCUGGUGGCAUCUAACUUCACUCACAACAUCACCUCAGCGUCAAGAUGUUGUACCAUCAGCAAGGAUGCAAAGAUCAAAGUUCGUCUGGACUGCCCUCGUGCUCGUCAUCACAACGACAUUAAGAUCCUGACGGCGCGGGCCUGUCACUGCGACAUGUGUCGCAAGUCACGCUACUGA